AUGAGGUCGUAUCCAUGGGGUCGGACUGCAUACGAAGUUCUAAUUGACUCUAUUAAAACGUUGGCUACAGAUGGAGGUUCAUACACAAUAAGUUGCAUGAAGGACGCGUUAUUGAUUUGGGCUUAUGAAUCCGUCACAUGCUUCAGUGAGAGUUUUGGGAGAGUGAUCAAUAACGAAGACGUUCCGCUUUUGCGAUGGGGUGGAAAGCGUACACGUGCAAGCUUUGAUAAAUUGUUGCCUGCCGAAAUCAAAAAGCAUGGCGAGGUGCGUGUGAGGAGAAUGGUUUUGAAGGACUCAAUUGAAGAGAUGUUUCCUAUUUGGCCGGGUGAAGAUGACGACCCACAACUCGUUAGGUUGAUAACAGACAUACAUUCAGGUAGAUUUGUGAAAGGUUUGUGGGAAGUGCAGGGGAAUGCAAAGGGGAAGGGGGAUGAGAAGAAGAGAAUGAAGGGUGGAGUUUCGUCAGAAGCUCAGCCACCCACUAAGAAGCAGAAGAAAGUUAAGACACAGAAUGAGUCUGAAGCUGAUGCAGCGGGAAAGGGUUCUAGCGAGAAGGAAGGUAGUACAGAGUUGGAGUUGGAGAACAAAGCGACUCUAACGACCAUUGUGAGUACUCUGGAUAUUAUUUCCAGAAAAUUUGAUCAGAUUGACUCACGGUUGGAAGCUUACGAGUUAGACCGGAACAGACCAUUGAUGGACCAAAAGACCAUUGAUGACAGGGUGAAUGCUUUACUGAAGGAGCAUCUGAAGUAUCUGGGGAUUGGGAAAAUUCCCAAAAACCAUGAUAACCCCUCUCCACCAUUAUCAGAUAACUCUUUAUCGAUGGCAUCACCGGUGGUUCGAUCGCAUCAGAUUUCUGUCAAUAAUCCAGCGUUAGUAGCUGCGACUCCUGGUAAGGAGUUUGGACCGAAAAAGAAUUUGGCCAAGGAGCUUGAAAAGGAAUCAGGGGUGAAAAGGACUUUGGAUGAGGAGUUUGGUAGUGUCGAUAAAGCUACUGAUAUGCUGCCUCUUGAUUUCGUAGUAGUUUCUCCUGCAAAGGCUACUAAGGAUGAUAAGGCUACUAAGGAUGAUAAGGCUGCUAAGGUUCCAGCCUAUGGACGCGGCUGCAGGCGCAAGCGUAUUGUUAAGGGUGAGGAAGCCGGUGAGAAGAAAAAAGCAGCGCAGGCAGAUGCUGCGUUUAAGAGGAAGGAGAAGGCUGAGGCUAAGAAAAAAGAGGCUGAAGCUAAGAAAAAAGAGGCUAAAGCUAAGAAAAAAGUGGUUGAGGCUAAGAAAAAAGAGGUUGAGUUAAAGAAGAAACAAGAGGCUGAGCUAGAGAAGCAAAAACAGGCUGGGUCAAAGUACAAAAAGGUGACUCCACCGCGUGACGGAGUAACAAGAUGCAAGAACGAAUUCUCGUCAGAGUCUAAUGUCGGGAAUUCUGAAGUGGUUAGAUCUGCCAUAAUUAAGGACUACCGGGAGAAAAAUGUUCGGUUAACUCCAAAAGGGUUGUCAAUGACGGCAGUUUCUUCAUCGUUAGUUUUUUCGAAAGUAGGACAUGAUGGAACGACGUGCAUGAGGAAGAAUGUUACUCCUUCAUCAGCAAUAUAUGACCCUCUAGCACCUUUUGAUCCGGCGCUAUUGGAGAAACUUAUGCAACACAUCAAGGCAAUUCCACCCAAACCACCAACAGCACCAUGUAAAAAAGGAGUACUAAUAGCUGAUCAUGAGAGUGAAUUCUACAGCAUACUCAUCCAUGAGAGACCGUGGCCGGAGAAUGAGUAUGGAUGGGUGUUUGAUAAUCAUGUUGUGGCGUAUAUGAACGUCCUCAUUAAAAGGUCCAUGCGAGAGCCCACUCCAUUCUGGUCCAAGCGGAUUGCCUCCGUUGACGUUUGGUGGCAAAGUUUUUUGAUUCACGAUUACGCUCAGUUCAAGAUGAAACCCACAAUGUUCAUGUUCAAAGGCAAUGGUUAUGAAGAUAUGAUAAAUGGUAGGAUUCCCGAUCAUUGUCGAACAAAAUUGAAGUGGUAUGAAGAUGUGGAUCACUUGUACGGAUGUUUUCAAACUGGCGGAAAUCACUGGGUUGCGUAUCACGUGGACCUGAAGAAGGAGAAGAUUGAUUGCUACGAUCCAAUCUUUGGAGAGGUAACACUCGAAAGUGAGCAGAGAAUUCUGAAUUCAUUUAAACCGCUGACGCACAUGAUUUCCGCUAUGUUGAGUGUACAUAUUCCUGCCAAUAUCCGACCCAUUAGCAGGAAGAAGUUCUCAUUCAGAAGGAGGAGCAAAAGAUACACUCCACAAAACACCCAGGUUGACGAUUGUAGGGUGUAUUCGUUGAAGUUUGUGGAGUGUCUAGCGCUUGGUGUAACGUUUGAUGGGAUAAACGAUCAAAAUAUUCAAGGUUUACGGAUGAAGAUGGCAGCAGAUAUCCUCGCUGAAGGAGGAAAUGUUGUGACGGACCAAAUGAUGCCUAAAUGA